AGAAGAUAGCUACUGCGUCACCAUGAAGGAUGUGGAUUAUCUUCAUGAUUAUCUUCUACAGCAGACAUUUAAAAGUCUGUCUUUUGAAGAAAAACUUUAGUUUAUACUCCUCGGUGCCCACCAGUCGCGGGAUAUUGUUUUAAACCAAACUGCUGAUAAUCAAUAAUCAGAUUUAAAGGAGUUCCAGCUAACUGCUAACGUUAGCCUCCAGGAACAAAAUGGCUAACUGCUAAUGCUAGCUUGUCAGAGAAGAAGCGUUUUUUCUGCUUCCCCUGUGUGUUUUUCGGAGGAGUUCGUACCUGGUCAAGAAGAGGCUUUCAGGAGCUCAAGCAUCUUUCUGAGAGGAUUACCAAACAUGAAAGCAAUUUGGUAAAAUUGGGCAAACAGCUACCCCAACUGACAGCGCUGAGACUUGAGCAGAAGAGAACAGUGAGUGCAGGAGAGGAAAUUAAGGAGCCGAAAGUCCACGAUGCCAGACAGCAACUGGAGCUGCCUCGUCAGCUGGAAGGCCGGAUGUGUGCGUUGACAACUAUGGUGGAUACGAGAACCAGCUUUUUAAAGAGGAGGAUUUCAAUGGAGAGGAGGAAAUGCCUUCAUUUAGAGGUCGCAGCAGAGGUGGCUGUAUGAGGUGCCAGCAGAGCCACUCGCUCCAGCUGGCUGUCAAAGUCCUCUAUGGAUUCGUUGCGUUCCUCAUCAUCACUGUGGCAGUGCUGGCAUCACUUGUGUUCAGGAAGGUUGACAACCUGUCUGAGGAGGAGUCCGUCUACCACAACAAGAUCACCAGGGCUCAGCAAGGAAUAGACGAUCUGAGCUCCACCUCUAACUGUUCUGGCUGUCUGGAUGUGACUCUGUACAGCGAGGAGAUCAGCAGGCUGAAGAGGGAGUUUGAGGACAUCCAGAGAAUGAUACUGGGACAGGAGCAGGUCCUGGACCAGGCCUCACAGACCCAGACCACGCUAAAGACCACCAGCAACCGGCUGACACGCGACAUGCAAAACCACCUCAUAUCAAUCAAACUUCUCAACCAGUCGCUGGAAAGAUACAUGGAUCGGGUGGAGGGCUGGAAGGACGUGAUGGAGGAAACUGAAGAGAAAAUGAAGACGCUGGGGGACGAUCAGUACGACAUCAAAGCUACAGCUCAGCAGGUUAACACCACGGUGGCACUCAGUACAAUGUGGAUAGAUGCCCUGCAGAGAAAAGCAGAUGAGGAGACUCUGGUCCUCCAUAAGUUAACCACCGACUGGCAGAACUACAGCCGAGUUCUGACCACCAUCAAAUCCAACACCAGCAGCACCACGCAAACGAUGCGCUUCCUCCAAAACAACAUCAUAGCAGAUCACCAGAGAACCGCCAUGUCCACUGAGGUGUACUACGACCUCACCCAGCAGGUGAUGAACCUGCAGAUGCAGCUUGACAAUGUGACGUCUUUCAUGGAUGAACACGAGGAGAACAUGCAUGACCUUCACUACCAUUCCAGGUACUAUGAGAACCGGACAGGUGAGCGUUUCUCUGCAUUGGAUGGUCGUCUGAAUUCCAUCUCCAUGGAGAUCGACACGAUCUCCUCCAGCAUCAACGCCACCGUCAGCCACGUCCAGAGCAUGUACAAGUAUAUCAACAUCGAGAGCUCGUCCUGCCAGGGUCGCAUGGGCAGACACACUGAAGACCUACAGAACCUGAACAACACCGUCUUGUUACUCCUCGACUUGGCCGAAAUACUGAGACAACAAAACAUGUUGUUGACUGUCCGACUGGACGUGGACGUCAGGAACCUGUCCAUGGUGAUGGAGGAGAUGAAGCUCGUGGAUGUUCACCAUAUCCAGCUCAUAAAGAACUUCACUAUACUAAAAGGUGCUCCUGGAAAACCAGGGCCCAAAGGGAACCGUGGUGAGACCGGCUCUAAAGGACCUGUGGGACUGACUGGGAGCAAAGGCGACCGAGGCCCUAUAGGAGGCCGAGGAACUGCUGGAGAGAAGGGUUCUCCUGGGCCCACAGGAGUACUGGGGGAAACAGGCCCCAUUGGCAAUAGAGGAGCAGUAGGAGUCAAAGGAGUUAAAGGAGCUAUUGGCCCGCCAGGACCAGGUGGUCAGAAGGGCGAGAAUGGUAACCCUGGCCUAGACGGUCUAGACGGCAGCCCGGGACACGGAGGGAUUCCAGGGAUCCAGGGUCAGGUAGGACUACCGGGCAUUAUUGGGCCACCAGGAGCAAGGGGAAAACCAGGGCCAGUAGGGGCACCUGGACCACCAGGAACACCUGGACCUCCAGGCGUGCCUUACCCCCACAUCCAGGAGCGGACCGUGACACCUGCUACGGCGUCCAAGAGACAGUAGGAAGAUGGACGAAGACGUUGGACUCGGAGGUGAUUUUGUCCGGUACAAAGAAGAACUAUUGACAGAUGAAGGAAUAUCAUCCAUUGCGACUGGAGACGCAGUAAUCCAUUUUUGAUGGGAUUACGCAAGACAGUCGAGAGCUUCGUGAACAAAUGUGACAAAUGGAAUUGAAGACGGGGCUUUAAAGGAGGCAUUCCCCUGAUAUUAUGACACGGCCACAUGAAAUGAACCAAGAGGAAGUUCUAGAAAAUAGGAAACAGAACUGAACUGUUGUUGAGAAGCGAGACAGACAGAAGAGCACCUAAAGCCAGAAAUGGACUGUGUUUGGACAGAUUAUAAAUAUUGUGGUAUGUUGAGAGAAAACUGCCUUCACACUACACAUGGCUCUCAUUAUUACUUUUGAUGGCUCUGACCUUGUACAUCAUAGCCAAAGAAAACCCAAAGACAGCCCGUCCAUCUAUACAUGACAUAUUUUUAACAGAAUUAAAAACACGUCUUAGACGAUGAGAUCAACGGUAAUAAAAAACACACCUAUUGAAGUCUUGUUGAGUGGACUGGAAGCAAAGGAAUGUUUGAGGUUGUUAUCAAACCACCAAAACCUCAUGGGGCGUAAUAAAUAGGAGAGCUGUUAACCACAGAUUUGGACUGAAGUAGUGGUGUUUUCCCAUCCAAAGGUUUACAUUCCCAUGCACUGCUAUAUGGGCACAGAAAAUAUCUCUUUGUUUUUACAUUAUGUACAUAAUGACACAUCUGAUGGAUGGCACUUUAUUGGUUCUGAAGGCCUUCACACAGCGGGGACGUGAAGUAUAAACAACACAAAAAUGCGAAAUACUCGCCUAAAAUUUUAUAUGUCUUUUAUUGUGAAAGGUAAGAACGGAAGGAGUGGCUCUGGUCUGCGCCGUCCUGGUUCGGACUACUGAGCCUCUGUGUUGUUGUUAUUGUGUCAUAAAUAUAGACGCAACUCAACUGGUUGCACACAAUGUGAUUGGUUGAUGCCUGUUAUCGCGACGCAACCGACAAUCGACUUUGUUCCAAAAAAAUGAAAAAUGCUAAUUAAUCGCAUGAAAAAAAAACGCUUCCAGUGUGUAAAGGCCUUUAAAGUGUAAAAAAUAAAAUGAGUUUGCUUUUGGUAUUUCAGAGCGGGUACUCUGAAGACAUUUCUUUCAUCCUUCGGGCAAAGCUGUCAUUUUAUGAUCAGUGUUGAAUCAGUGAAUAGACUCUUGUGGGAGGCGACAUUGCACUCAGCAGAGAGUGCCUGUUUCAUUGGUGAAGGUUAUCCCCGCCCCUACAAUUAAGCCACGCCCCCUUUCACUACUCCUGAACUGUUUGCCGUAGACUUUUUAGGAGGCAUCAUUGGACUCUUUAGCCACACCCCCUUUCGUAACUCAUGAUCCAUUUGUCGUAGACUCUUGUAGGAGGCAUCAUUGGACUCUUUAGCCACGCCCUCUUUCGUAACUCAUGAUCCAUUUGUCGUAGACUCUUGUAGGAGGCAUCAUUGGACUCUUUAGCCCCGCCCCCUUUCAUAACUCAAACUGUUUGUUGUAGACUCUUGUGGGAGGCAUCAUUGGACUCUUUAGCCGCGCCCCCUUUCAUAACUCAUGAACCAUUUGUCGUAGACACUUGUAGGAGGCAUCAUUGGACUCUUUAGCCCCGCCCCCUUUCAUAACUCAUGAACCAUUUGUCGUAGACUCUUGUGGGAGGCAUCAUUGGACUCUUUAGCCACGCCCCCUUUCGUAACUCAUGAACCGUUUGUCGUAGACUCUUGUGGGAGGUGUCAUUGCACUCAGCAGAUAGUUCCUGUUUCAUUGGUGAAGGGCACGCCACAAGAGUCUAUGACAAACGGUUUAUGAGUUAUAAAAGGGGCGUGGCUAAAGAGUCCAAUGAUAAAAUUAAAUUGUAGGCGCAGGGAUAACCUUCGGUUCAUGCUAAUGAGCGUGGUAUCAAUUUUCUCAUCCAACUCAUGGAAAGAAAGUAAAUCAUAUUUCACAAAAUGUUGAACUAUUCCUUUUAGGAGUUAUGAACGCAAGGUAGGUCACACAUAAAUGAAUAACAAUGUUUGUAAACAUGUCAAGUAAUAAAAUAAAAAUCACCAAAGUUGUUUGUUUUUCUGCCGCAGGAGUGUUACAUGUGCUUCAGUUUCUAUUAUUAACACUUGAGAUAGCAGAGUAAUGACUUGUUAGAGAGUUUUGGUCUUAUGAUACACACAUAAAUAACCUUUUAUAUCACAGAAAAAAAACGUCUUACAAAAAGGGAAACAUACUAUUUUUGUAAACCUGUGUGUUGUAAUGAAAUGCGACUGGUUUGCAUCGAACUUCAAUAAAGCUUUUUUUAACAGA